GGCAGCGGAAAGACGAAAAGGUUUUGUACUGUCAGAAUUUCAUUUAAACAGGCUCUGACAACUGAACGCAACCAACGAGAGGCGCCUCAACCCGGCUUUUGACAUCCCGACCUUCCCCUUUCAACGCCAGGAUGCGAGGAUCCCCGUGGCAGUACGUUUCUAAAUUGAAACAGGUAUUCCACCUAUCAGGGUUCCGAGCUCCUCACGAUGGAAUAGAUAUCGUGGUGAUCCCGGGCCUCUGGGUUCACCACACGGUGGAAAAGGAGUCGAAAAGAUGCUCAUGGUUGAAGAUUCUGGCUGCUUCCACGGACUAUGACACACGCGUUUUCAUUUUCAAGUACGAUAUUGAACCUGGUAAAGAUGGGAGUGUGUGGCAUCCACUGCUAGGGCUUAGCAGGGUCCUGUUGGACGCCCUUCGUCAAGCGCGGCCAUGUGAGAGCCAAAAGCGACCUCUGUACUUUAUUUGCCACAGCCUAGGUGGUAUUAUCCUCAAGCAAGCUCUUUACCUUGCUCACCACAGCUAUCCAGCGAUUCGCAAUGCUCUUUCCGGCAUAAUCUUCUUGGCCACUCCGCACCUAACGUCCAUCGAUGAUGAACGAUGGGAAAAAUGGCGCCUGAUCCUCAAAGCCUUCCAACGAAAUGUUCCGAAAACUGCAUUAGGGUUAUAGGACAUUGCAAUGCUCGCCAAUGUCUGCGGAAAGUUCACUGGACUCAAUCUCGGAAUUCAAAUAAUAUCUGUCUAUUAUGCUAAUGGCCUAUCAGCCAGUAUGCGAUCGAGGUAGAAUAUCAAGAUCUCGUUCUACGCCACAUCGACGUCAUCCCAGCGAGAG